AUUUACCAUAUUAUAUAUACAUUUAUAAAUGUUGAGUACACUAGUAUCGGAUAUUAAAGAUGGAUUACAUCAUUUUUGCAGAAAAUAUUUUCCGCGGGUAAAAUUGAAGCAACCAAAAUCAUCAAACUUGAUUCAUAAUCUUAUUUUGAUCCUCAAUUUUUUUUACAAACGAUUCCUGGAGUUUUUUGUUAAAAAUAAUAAUCGUGACAUAGGAUCAAACUCCAACAAGUCUACACUCAAAAAGCAGAAAAAACAUACUACUUUUAUAAAUAGUGGGUCUGAAGGAUUGACCAAUAGAAGACAUUCUUUUAAAUGCAGGAUCAAGCCUAAGAUCAAUGUAAGACACUAUUCUUUGGCGGACGAAGAGAGGCGGGUAGGCGAAGAGGAUGAUAAUUUGUUUAACGAGGAGGAAAUGAAGGAUAUAGAUAAAAUGUGGAAACAAGGCAAGUCUGAUGUAUUGAAUUACAGUGGAAAUUUUGAGUCGAUUGAGGACACUAGCGAAUCUAAUGAAGCAAGAACGCCAAUGACAUAUAAAGAAUGUUUAAGGAUAUUGAACACAGAUUCAAAGGCCCUCUAUAAUUCUCUAGUAGACCUAAUUUCUAUAAAAGCGAAUUCUGAAUCGGAGGAUCAAGAAGAAAUUGCAAAAUUCAUCGAAACAUGCGUAGGUAAUUUAAACAGUAGACUGAUGUUGGAUAAAUUUUACUACAGAGCCUGGAAUAUUUUAAAAAUCAUUUUCUGGAUCAUUGUUUUAGCGAUAUCGUGGAAACGUUCCUCUACUCUUAGGAAGUUAAGCGUCUCACUUCUCAGGCGCGGUCAAAUUCAAAUGUUGCCUUAUUGGGAUUGGACGUCUUUAUAUUAUGAGACCUGCGUUAUCAAAAAUCCUUAUUACCUCCAAGAAUCACUAAGGGAUGACGAUUGCCAGGCAUGCAUGGAAAUACAAGACAUUCCCAAGUUAUUUAACGUAUCGAGCCAGGAGAUAAGCGAUAAAUUUAUGAAAACCGACACGCCUUUUAUAAUCACGGACUCUUCGUUGCGAUCAUAUUGGCCGAUUUUCAAAGAUGGCUCCCAAUUCAAAAUUUCUACCCUAUUCGACCUUAACAAGUUUUACAAUGACCACCAGGACCUCCGAUAUUCUUACCCCUGCGCGUUAACUUCUAAUCACAGGAAAAAGUAUUCGGGUUCAAAAAGCCUAAGACAUAAGUUACUAUCUGGAAGUGUCUCCAAAUUUUACGCUUAUUGGGAAAAUUGUGAAAAACGUGCCGCAAAGACUUUCAGAAAACUUUACAAGAGACCCUAUUUUCUACCGGGCAUGGCCGAAAUCGCUACUCCAAAUUGGGUCUUCAUCAGCAAAUCUUUCAUUGGGAACAAAUAUUUUAACAUUCCUAUAGAGGCUACCAGUGUCGGGUUUGCUCAAAUAAUCGGCGAGUCUAAUAUAUUGAUUAAACCUAAGAGACCUUGUGAUAGUUUCUGUUCGAAAUUAACGGAUACGUUGUACCCUGGUGAAAUAAUUGUUUGGAACGAUUACCUUUGGAACGCCUACUAUUCGCCAGUCGAUUAUCGGAACCUUUCGGCGUUUUACGAUCUCGACGAAACGCUUGCCAUCGGAAUGGGAAUAUACUGGAACAAAUAAUUAUCACAAUCUCUUCCAAUUAUGAAUUUUCAAGACUCAUCCCUAAAUUUACUCUUAAAAAAAACGAUUUAUUAGUCAUAAAUUAUGUUACUCUGAUAAUUUUUUCAAGCGUGAAAAAUAAAAACUGCUGACAAUUAUUUUAAUAUUUGUUAUAGUAAAAAAAAAGUAGCUUAUUA